AAGAAGAAGAAGAAGAAGAAGAAGAAGAAGAAGAAGAAGAAGAAAUGACACCAAGAAAGAAAAGAAGAUUAUAAGGAAGAAGAUAACUACUACUACUACUACUACUACUACUACUACUACUACUACAAGAUGGGGUCGGUUUGGAAGCGGUUUCAGAGGAUCAACAAAAAGGCUUCAAAGUUCCAAUUCACGGCUUCGUUUCAUGAGCUGUCCCUCACUGCAACGCCCAAGUGGCAGCCCAGUCAGCUCAGCGUGGCAUGGCUUCGGAGGACUCGCCGGGAGGUUGUGGAGGCGCCCACGUGGGAGCCAUCCAUGCGAGAGCCUCUCCAGGGGCUGUGCGUGUGGCCCGUCCCUGCAAACACAACCAUCACAGUCACGCUCUUCAGGGAUGCUCGGACACAGGACUUCGAGGAUAAGGAGUGGACCUUUGUGCUGGAGGAUGUGUCCUCCAGCGGCAAGCGUCGGCAGGUCGCAACGGCCCAGGUCAACAUGAAGCAGUACGCCGGCUUCAGCACCCAGCAGGACAUCAAGGUCAAGCUCCGCCCCCUCAGCAAGAAGGUCGCGGCAGCCUCCCUUGACCUGACCCUCACCUGUCUUUUCCUGCGCGAGGGGAAAGCCACGGACGAGGACAUGCAGAGUAUGGCGUCGCUGAUGUCCAUGAACACCCCCAACGACAUCGCCCCCCUGGAGGACUUUGACGAUGAUGACGACAACGAAGGCCGCAGUUUUAGUGAGCCUCCAAGCAGAGUCUCGACCCUCUCUCGUAAGGGAUUGAGACCCACCUUCACUUCACCAGGCUCUCCAGGGGAGUCAGCCUCACGCAGCGCUGAGUUCAGUGUCUUGGCAGCACAGAUCAGCUCCCUCACCUCCUCCUCCUUCACCUACGACCCCUACCCCCCACACCCCCACGCUGACCCCCUAAGCUCCCCCACCUCCUUCAUGGAAAUGGUGGGGUAUCGGAGGGGGAGUCUGCCCCCCGUCGCCGCCACCACCAGUUAUAUACACAGGUCCUCCUCCUCCUCCUCCUCCUCCUCCUCCCCUCAGGACCCCCCGGAUACCCCCGCCCCGCCUUCUUCCCAGGACCCAGGGGAGUCUUCCGUCCAGCUGGGAGCGGGUGAUGCUGCUGAGCGGAGGCGGACUUUGGAGGAUAGACGUGCCCUGCAGCCCCUCCAUCUCACCCCCAACCAUGUCGGGUCAAAGAAGGUCAACGGAAAAGGCGGAACAGGGAAGGAGGGUGACCGAGGGGGGGGCGGGGGGUGUACGCCGGGGCAGGACCUCCUCUCCUGGUGCCAGAGUGUGACCCAGGGGUACCGCGGGGUCAAGGUCACCAACAUGACCACCUCUUGGCGAAAUGGACUCGCUUUCUGCGCCAUAAUACACCACUUCAGACCUGACCUUGUUGACUUCGAGAGCCUCUCCCCGCAGGACGUGAAGGGGAACUGUCGCAAGGCUUUUGAGGCAGGCGAACGGUUGGGUGUAACACGCCUUAUCGAGCCCCAGGACAUGGUCAUACUCACCGUGCCGGACAAGCUGGCUGUGAUGACCUACCUCUAUCAGCUACGGGCGCAUUUCACAGGACACGAGCUUGAGGUAGCGCAGAUCGGAGACACCGCAGCAGAGUCCUCCUACACUGUUGGGCGCAUGGACACAUCACAAGCGGAAGAGGACAUUCUGAACCUCCGCUCCGCCCACGACGAAAACUGGAACACCCACCACCAUCACCACCACCCUGGGCCUGGCGGUGGGGGUGAGGUGUCGACCGGGAACAACACCAGGGCGAGGAGGGUGUCAGAGUCCAGCCUAGGGUCACAGAAAUCCACCGGGAGCAAGCGGAAGAGCGGAGAGUACAGCGACGGGAGCAGUGGAGGCGGAGGAGGAGGUGGAGGUGGAGGAGGGGGCAGCACCACCUCCGCGCCCUCCACUCGAGACCGGAUCUUGGCCUCGUCAAAAUCGCUGACCUCGGAGAUAUUUAAGAUCGGGACGAAAGUUCUCUCGCCCACGAAGGAGAAGACGAAGGGAGGAGGAGGAGGAGGAGGAGGAGGAGAGAGUGUGGGCAAUGCUGCAAAUAAUCGGCUGUCUAGUGCCUCCCUCAGCAGCAACAGCAGCAGCAGCGAUAGGCCCGUUCUGAUGACCCAUAAACAGCUGAUCGAUUCCUUCUUCCCCCGGGCCGGCCAGCACCAGGGGGAGGGGAGUGGCACCCCCCCACCCCAGGGCCACCUCCCCAGCCUCCCCCUCGUCCCCUCGGCAACUCGGCUGAGGCCAAGGCGAGGGUUCACGCUGCCCCUCGGAAAGUCCUCGGGUCCGCAGGCCAAGUCCGGACCGCUGAAACCACCUCUAGGGUCCUCCACCACCACCACCACCUCCGCGCCGUUCACGAGCUUCCGAGACCGACUCAAGAAAAAUGCGAACAGGAAUGACGCCGAGAGGGGGUCCUACCAGGCGCCCCACGACCCCCAUAGGACGCUCCCGAAAGUCCCCCGCGAGGAGUCCUAUAGGAUUCCACACCAAGGCCCUUACGAGCCGUCAUUUCAACCCUCAGUCGCUAUCUUUUCAUCUGAUAUGUCCAAAUUAAAGCCCACUUACACCCCUUAUGCUCACCCCUACACCCCUUCCACACACCCGGCCACCCCUUACGCACCCUCCCACACCUCCCACACCCCUUACGAACCCCCAAUUCAAGGCCCAGCAGAGGAGGUCAUCAAGGUCAAGUUCAAGUUCUCCAAUUACAAGAUCAAGGUCAGAAAGGUCAUGAGUUGGGUAAAAAAUGUCACCAAAAUCAAGUUCAAGUUCAAGAUCAUCAGUUACAAGGUCAGAAAGGUCACCCAUCAGAAGGUCAGCAGUAUGAAGAUCAAGUUCAGGGUCACCAGCUACAGAAUCAAAGUCAGAAAGGUCACCAAUUCGAAGGUCAACACUAUCAAGUUCAAGUUCAAGGGUACCCAGGCGCCCCUACCAAGCCCCCAGGGGAACCUCCAGGGGGGGGUAGGGUCCGCAAACAGCUCGGCGAUCUUGCAAUACUGGUCUGGGAUUUUUCGAGACAGACGGAAUUUGACGUCGCUCGGAAUUGCCGAUUUACCCCAUUCCGAGGCCUUCCCUGGGGGUGGCGUCGGGUGUAGGGGUGGUCCAACUCCCCAGGGGCAGGAUCGGACUGGGGGUAGCACACUGGGGUCAGCGCCUAUGCCCAUAAAGCCUCCUCCUCCUCCUCUUCCUCCUCCUCCUCCUCCUCCUCUGCUGUCUCCAACACACACACACACACACACACACACACACACACACACUAAUUUUUGCAUACCCAACCCUACCUCCUCCUCCUCCUCCUCCUCCUCCUCCUCCUCCUCCUACUCAUUCUUCCUCCUCUCUCUCUCGUCCGCCGCUCAGCACUCAGACUCAGCGCACAGCAAGGCUUCCACCCCCCAAAUUACCCUCAGCGGGCCCCCUUCAGCAGGUAGUCAGCAGGUCUCUUGUGUCCUGCUGAGUGGGUCUGGGUCUGCUGAGGAGGAGGAGGAGGAGGAGGAGAUAGGGAGGGAGGGAGAGGGGAAGAAGGAGAGGGAAGGAAAGGAGGAAGAAGAGGAAGAGAAGAGAGAAGAUGACAAAGAGGAAGAAGAGGAGGAGGAGGAGGAAAAGGAAGAGAAGAAGGAGGAGGCAGAUAAGGAUGAAGAAGAGGAAGAAGAGGAGAAGAAGGAGGAGGAGGAGGAGGAGGAAGGGGAGGAGAGGCUCGCUGACCUGCUCAUCUUCCUGGCGGGGUACACAGCAGCCUCAGAGGACAGCACAUAUUCAGCACUGCUUGCUAUGCUGACCCAGCGGCCGUCUUCAAGGCACGAGGAGCUGAAGGAGAGGGCGCGACACCUCCUGGAGCAGGCGCGGCGCGAGGCACAGAGCCAGCAGCCCGGCCCACAGCGCACCCUCUCCAAGGAGGAGGAGGAGCGACAGGCCCAGCUGAGGGAGAGGGCGCGGAGGCUGAUCGCGGAGGCUAAGCAGGGAGUGGUAGGGGCGUCUGGUACCCUGCCCCCCCCUGCCUCCACCACCACCAGUGUUAUCAGUGGUCGCCAACACUCCCAAGAGGAGGAGAUCAUCACCACCAGCCAGACACCACCACCUCCACCUCCACUCACCACCACAACCACCACCAUCACCACCUCCAAUCCUAGUGAGGAGAACGGCAACAUCGCCACAAACCAACAAACGAACAAACACAUCCGCCAGCACUCCCCCAGCCCCGCCAGCAGAGGAGGAGGAGGAGGAGGAGGAGGAGGAGGAGGUGAAGGAGGAGGAGGAGGAGUGAGGGAAGUUCGACCCCCAAAACUCCACUCCUUCAAAAAUAUUAUUGACAGAAUGUCGCCGGAGAGGGAAGAGAUGUUGGGGGGGGCUGAGUCCCCCUCCGGAGCCCCCCAUGACAGGGAGUGCAGUCGUUACCUCCAAAACGAACUGCAAAGCCUCGAACGCGAACAACAGCAGAUUGACGGACAGGCGGCCAAGCUGGAACGACGCCUCCGGAAGAUUAUGGACCUUAACACACGCAGCGAAGAGGAGGAGCGACUCAUGCAACAAUGGUUCACUUUGGUUAACAAGAAGAACGCUCUCAUCAGAAGACAAAUGCAACUCAACAUCCUAGAGAAGGAGGAAAACUUGGAGAGACGAUUUGAAUUGUUGAAUAGAGAAUUGCGUGCGAUCCUGGCCAUAGAAGACUGGCAGAAGACGGAGGCGCAGAAGAAGAGAGAGAAACUGCUCCUUGAAGAACUUGUAACAAUUGUCAACAAGCGGGACGAGCUAGUCAUUCACCUCGACAACCAGGAGCGGGCAAUUGACGAGGACGAACAGAUACAACAGGACGUCUCGCAACUCUCGACGAAGCCACAGGAGAAAUGUGCUCUCAUGUAGAGAUGCCCCCCUCUCCCCCUCCACAGCAGCCGUCCUCCCCCUCCCCCUCACCCCCCCACCGCCUGCACGAAGAAAGGAAGGAAGAAGGAAGAGGAUGAUAAAGAAGAAGAAGAAGAAGAAGGAAGAAGAAUUUAUUUGCUUGUUUGUAUUUUGAGAAGUUUUUAAUCCUCCUCCUCCUCCUCGUCCUCCUCUUCCUCCUCUUCCUCUUCCUCCUCUUAUUAGUGAGUCGCCCAGAUAUAUACAUUAUUAUUAUUAUUAUUAUUAUUAUUAUCAUUUAUUUCUCUUUACUAUAAUCCAGAUAUUUACUUCUCCUCCUCCUCCUCUUCCUCCUCCUCCUCCUCCUCCUCUUAAUCCUCUAUACCUGACCCUACUUGUACACACACACACACACACACACACACACACACACACACACACACACACACAAU